CUCUGCUAUGCCCUUGGCUGAUUUUUAUGCUACCUUGCCCCUAAAAGGGGAGAGCCCAUUUGACUAUUGGAUAAGGUUAAAUAGGGCAAUGGAUGUAGCAGAGGACUGUUUGAAAAGACAAGGGAAGAAACUUGAUAAUCCAGCUCAGGAGGUGACAGUCAUGUUUGUUAGACAUUGCCCAGACCCUCAUUUGCAGCUGAUUUUUAGAUGUAAACCUCAGCAGCACUGGACAGCUGCUGAAGUGCAAGAAAGGCUGGAUGAAUUUCAAAGAGAAACCAAACAUGCCCGAAAUCAGUUGUCAUGCUUAGCUCAAAAACAAGAAACCGUUACGCAAACCUUACCUUUGGUUCACGAUGAGGUUAGCGAUUAUGAAGCUGCAGCAGCCAAAAGUAAUGCUCCUCCAGUUCAGCAGUCCUUUGCUUGCAGCUCCGUUGAAUCUUUGGAGCGUUUGAUUACACGAUUGGAAAAUGUUUUGGAAAGGGUUCCAAGUGGUCCGUCAAAACCUACAGAAAAACCUUUUCGACCAAGACCCAAAAAUAGAGGGGAUGGACGGGGGUCUUGUAAGGUUUGUGGGGACUUUAAUCAUUCCACCUUAUAUCACUGUCGGGCAAAUGGGCUCUGCUUUGUAUGCUAUGCCCCAAAUCACACACGUUUUGAGUGCCCAAAUGCUGCUGCUGAUGGACGUGCUGGAGCCUCACCGGCAGCAUGCCCCCCUGGUCAGCAGGGAAACUAAAAGGCCCGCAUGUGGUGGGGGGGGAUGCUGGGCCUUGUGAAGCUCCCCAAGUAUUUGAUGUCGAUCUAGAAUCAUUAUACUCUACUGUGCGUGAGGAAAUUGACCAAAACGUGACUGUGAUAUUGCAAAAUACACAAAAACUGUCAAUGCAUGAGGGAUUGUUUUAUACUGAUGUCUUGAUAGAGAACACAUUGACUGUUAAAGGUAUGAUUGAUUGUGGUUCCAUGGCUUGCACUUUGAGUCCUGUGGUUGUGUCGAAAUUACAGGAUGCUGGCGUAACCUUGAAUGGUCCGGUGACUCCAUCUGACAUAGUACUGGUCGGCUGUGGGGGGUCAAAAACAAAACCAGUCGGUAUGUGUGACAUAAACAUGACUGUUUAUGGGUGUACUGUUCAGGUUCCAACCUUAAUCGUAGUCGGCCAAGUUGAUGAACUCAUUGUGGGCAGUAACGUGAUAAAACACCUGAUCAAAGAGUUGAAAAAGCAAGGAAAAGUGAUGGAAAAAAUAACAUCCCAUGUGAAUAUAAAUUCUGAAGAUGGCAAACUUAUUCAGUUACUGGCUAAUGUUGAGAGAUGGAACGGAACGGUUGUCCCAGAAAAGGUUGGAACAGUUAAACUGAAGAAUUCAGUUGAACCUCUACAGGAGCAUUUAGUCUGGGCAAAACUUUCUAAUUUAAACAAUUUGUCAGCUGGCAGUGCCAUCAUUGCAGAGCCAUGCAGAGCCCGCUCAAGACCCAGAAAUGUCCUAAUUGGUCGUACAGUGGCAAGGUUGUGGGCCGAUGGAUGGGUUCCUGUUAAAGUAAUCAACCCCUCGCCAGUGUCUGUUACUCUCAGACGUAAUGCAAAGUUGGCUGACAUUUAUCCAUGUUUGGCACUGGAAGAUUUUGACCCUGAUGCGUGUGUUACAGAUGUAGGGUUGUCAUGCUCAAUCAGACAACAUGCCAACAAUGUAGAGUUUCCUGACAAUUCAAGUGCUGGCAGUUUGUCUGAUAUCAGUGUGCCCAAGAAAGACUGCGAGUUUCAUGACCGGUUAAGGAAACUGGGGCUUGCAGAUAUCGAUUUAAGCUCCUGUCAGUUAUCUUCAGAAUGGAAAGAAAGACUUGUUGAUCUAAUUGCCAAGUACGAAUGUAUCUUUUCUAGACACAGACUUGAUUGUGGCAAGGCUGAGGGCUAUGUACAUCGAAUAAGGUUAAGUGAUGAGCAUCCUUUUAGGCUUCCAUACAGACGGCUUCCACCUAAUCAGUAUGAUAAGCUCAGGCAGGCUUUGGAUGAAAUGGAGGAGAGGGAAAUUAUCAGGAGAUCCAGUAGUGAGUAUGCUUCCCCUCUUGUUAUUGUUUGGAAGAGAAAUGGAGAUUUAAGACUUUGCACAGAUUUUAGGUGGCUCAAUGCUCGAACUGUAAAGGAUGCUCAUCCACUGCCACAUCAAGCCGAUGCUUUAGCUGCACUGGGUGGCAAUGUUUUUUUUUCCACUAUGGAUCUGACAUCCAGUUACUACAAUGUUGAAGUACAUGAGGAAGACCGCAAAUUCACUGCUUUCACAUCCCCUUUUGGGUUAUAUGAGUAUAACCGCCUUCCUCAGGGACUUUGUAACAGUCCGGCGACUUUUAUGAGAAUGAUGCUCGGAAUUUUUGGAGAUCAAAAUUUCCUGAGUCUUCUCUGCUAUUUAGACGAUGUGCUUGUCUUUGCUCCGAAUGAAGAGUUGGGUUUAAAGAGAUUGGAGUUGGUCUUUGAGCGCCUGAAAUCUCAUAAUUUGAAAUUAGCUCCACGGAAAUGUCAUUUUAUGCAAAGGUCUGUGAAGUUCCUUGGUCAUGUGGUCAGCGAGGCGGGUGUGGCCUCAGACCCUGAUAAAAUCAAGGUAAUUAUUGAAAUGACUGAGUCAGACCUUAUGGAUGAGAAAACUGGCGCCCCAUCUCAACAGAAGAUACGUUCUUUUCUUGGGAUGGUUGUAUAUUACCAGCAAUUUAUAGAACAGUGUUCAGUAAUUGCAAGGCCACUUUUCCAGUUGAUUGCUGGUCCUAAGGGUCAGAAAUGGAAAAAAGGUAAGAAGGCCAUGAUGAAAAGAUCGCUCUCUGCAGGGGAUUGGACUGAUGAUUGCAGGCAGGCAUUUAGUCGUCUUAAGCAAGCCGUAAUUGACUGUGUUUUGUUGGCUCAUCCGGAUUUUAACAGGCCAUUUUUAGUUUCAGUGGAUGCCUCCAGUAGUGGCCUGGGUGCUGUACUUUCACAAGUGCCAGAGAAUGGGGAUACUGCAAGGCCAGUUUACUUUGCCAGUAAGUCACUUUCGUUCGCCCAGUCGAAAUAUCCAGCACAUCGGCUUGAAUUUUUUGCAUUGAAGUGGGCUGUUUGUGACAAAUUUAGUCACUGGUUGAGGGGUCGGCCCUUCACAGUAUGGACCGAUAACAACCCACUGACAUAUAUUUUGACAAAGCCGAAACUGGAUGCUUGCGAGCAUAGGUGGGUUGCCAAGUUGGCUCCAUAUCAGUUUGAUAUUCGGUACAUAGCUGGUUCAAGGAAUGUUGUUGCAGAUGCCCUUAGCAGAGAGCCUUUCGUGAAGCAGAGUGCCUUGCAUCGCCUUACUAGGGUACCUUAUAACUCACUGUUGAAGGAAGCAUCGGCAGUCCAGGGGGAACAAGUGCAGGAAGUUUUCAGAUGGUCUGCACACCCUUUUGAGCCUGACACUGAGUCUGUUAUUGAGCCUACUCAUGGUAUGCUGGCAGUAAAUUCACAAACACCUGUUAGUGGGCCAUCUGGUUCUUGGUCUGUGAUGGAAGUGUCUGCAGUCAUGGAGGCGAAGAGGUCUAAUGUGGUUACCCCACAUUUUGACCUUUUGUUACCACAAUUGAUUAACCAUAUUGUACCCACAGAUCAACCAAAACUGAAGGGCCUGUCCCACGAGGAGUUGGCAGAAAAGCAGCAGAGUGACGGCAUCUUGGCUAGAGUGACUUCUUAUGUGGAGAGGGGUACGAAACCGUCUAGUCGUGAGUGUAAACGGGAGCCAGUGGAAGUUGUAAGGCUGCUCAGAUCCUGGAAUAAGUUUGUAAUGAGAGCAGGGAUACUUUACAGAGUUUCGAAGGAUGUAGUGUCAAAGAAAAAGACAUUCCAGUAUGUUGUCCCAAAACUGUUGGUGGGGACUGUGUUGAGGGGGGUUCAUGAUGAUGCUGGUCAUCAGGGCCAGCAAAGGACAUUGUAUCUGGUGAGACAACGUUUUUUUUUGGCAUAAACUUGAGAAGGAUGUGAGAGAUUAUGUCAAAUGUUGCAAGAGGUGUGUGUAUGGUAAAUCUCCUGAGCCAGUGGCUAGAGCUCCUCUUGAAAACAUUGUCACAUCUGAACCCUUGGAGCUUGUGUGUGUUGACUUUUGGUCAGCAGAGGACAGCAAGAAUAAGUCAGUGGAUGUUCUUGUUGUCACUGAUCAUUUUACAAAGUUGGCACAUGCUUUUCAUUGCCCAAAUCAGUCAGCCAAAGCUGUUGCCAAACAGUUAUGGAACAACUUUUUUUGUAUAUAUGGUUUCCCCAAACGAAUCCACUCCGAUCAAGGGGCAAAUUUUGAAAGUGCAUUAAUUUCCGAGUUAUUGUCUGUUGCAGGUGUGGAAAAGUCACACACCACUCCGUAUCACCCAAUGGGCAAUGGGGGGGUGGAAAGAUUUAAUAGGACUCUCGGAAACAUGAUUCGUGCGCUGCCCCCUGCAGCAAAGCAAAGGUGGCCCCGAAUGCUCAAAUCACUGACAUUUGCAUACAAUUGUACAAUCCACGAAACUACUGGAUAUGCACCUUUUCAACUAAUGUUUGGCAGGACUCCAAGACUCCCUGUUGAUGUGCUGUUUGGGUCAGUCUUGCGAGACAAUGAUGUUGUCGACUAUGAUGUGUAUGUCAGGGAUUUACUAAAAGACCUCAAACAGGCGGUGACAAUUGCAAGGAUGACUGCUGGAAAACAACUGAAAAGACACGCUGCUCUUUAUAACAGAAAGCUUAAAGGUGCUCCAGUAGAUGUUGGAGACAGGGUUCUGUUAGCAAAUAAGGGAGAGCGGGGGAAACGAAAAUUGUCUGACCGCUGGGAGAACAGUCUGUACAUUGUAGUUGACAAAAAUGCGGAAACCAAUACUUUCAAAAUAGAGAAUUCUUCCACGGGCCAAGUGAAGAUUGUUCAUCGUAAUUUGAUCAUGCCUGUAAACUUUCUGCCUUUUCCCGAUGAUGUUGCAGAGGGACCAUUGAGUGUGGAAGAGUGUGUUAGGGGUGAAGAAACCCAAACUUUGGAACACUUACCUCAGCCUGUAGCUGAUGAGAGAACUGUAGCGUGGGUCUCAGAGCUUGAAUGUUCAAGAGGUUCCGAAAAGGGGCCAGAGAUGUUGGAUGUUGACUCAGUUGUAUUGGAUGGGUUAGAAGACUCUGUUAGACUUGAAUAUUCAAUUGAUCAUAAAGCUGAUCUGGACACAAAUUCAAAUUUGACUGCAUUGGAUAGGCUAUCAUCAGAUGUUGAUUGUCAAAGUGAUGCAGCUACGGUGAUGACGGUUCAAUCUGUUAACCAAAAUGAUGUUGGAGGUUUGAUGACUACAGUUAGAUCAAGAGCUGGAAGGAUUAUUAGACCAGUGGAGAGGUUUAUUGAAACAAUGCAAGUACAAAAAGUAGAAAACCGAGUUAAUGCACCUAUGUGGAUCUAAUUGUGGACCUAAUUUUGUUUUUUUGUUUUUUCUCUUUCUUCUCAUUUUCUUUUGUUUGUUUUCUUUCUGUUUUGUACACUGGAUUCGUGAAUGUAUUUGGUCAGUAUACCAAGAUGUGUUUACAAGGAAUGCUGUAUGUUGAUUGAGUGUAAUAAACAUGUAACAGGCAUGUUGACCUAUGAGUUAAGAGGGGCGUAGCUAACCUCUCCUUUCUCUAAUUCUUCGUAAGAAUAGUCUAUGGACUGGAAUAUUCAUCAGCAUUUUUUUUUGUAAGGAUGAUUACUUACAUUGCAUUCCACGUUUGUUUUUUUUAUGGUUUUUUUUUGUUUGUUUUGUUUUGCUUGUUUCUUUAUAUAUAGAUAGAUCUGUUAUGAAUCCUGAUGUUCUUUGUACCUGAGUGUUACCUAUUAGUUAUGGAUGUUGUAUUACGCCAUAAUAUUUUAUUUUUGUUUAUUUGCAAGUGGAGUUCAGAAGGGGAGAAUGUAACAGAGUUGUACAUAUACAUUGUGUGUCUCCACUUGCUGAAUAUAAAUAAUAAGAAGUUAAAUAAUCACACUGGAAGAUCAUUGGACAGAAUAAGGGAUAACAGGGCUUCUUAUUGGCUGGCUGGUUCUUUUUACUGUGUGCGCCCUCUAUUGCACUUAUCAGUUUGUGUGUGUAAGGCCAGCGGUAAGUCAUGUCAUUGAAAGCUCUGUAAUUGUUAAUUAAAUGUGUGAUUAUAUUAGCGGCAACAACAUAUAUAUUUAAUAUUGAGAAAAGUAUUGGAUGCUGAAGAGUGUGAAAAAUGUGUUUUAUUGUAGCGCCAGCACGAGUCGUUGUAUAUGCUGGAAUGGGCCUACAUGAACUCACUCUGUUACUUCUGUUUUCUCAGUAAAUAAAUUGAUUGGGGCACUAUAA